UCUUAUAAGGUUUCUUCGUGAUCGUCCUGUUCUUCCCCCCUCCCUCUCUCACGCCAUUAGAAACCCUCGUCGCCUGUUUCGAUGAUUACCGUCUAGGGUCUGGUCCUUGUAAUUUUUCUUGUUUUCUUGUCGGCAACGGCGGGAUUGGACUCCCACCUCCUGGAGGAGAUUGUCCUGGAACGCCUCGACGGAUGCAUGGCCGCCGCCGCCGCCGUCGCUUCUUCGUCAUCCUCCUCCUGUUACGACGAGCAGCUGGACCGCCGCCGUCGCUGCUCCGACCAUGAGGGCGACGAGCUGGCAGAGUCCUCCGCGGCCUCGCGCCGGCACUCCCGGAUCCUCAGCCGCUGGGCCGCUCGCCAGGCUGAGGAGAUGAUCACAACCAUCGAGCGGAGAAACCGCGAGACCGAGCUGAUGGCGCUCGCCGGUCUCCACACCGUCUCCGCGCUCGAUUCCUCCUUCCUCCGGGAGUCAGGGCGGUCCACCUCGUCAUCGCCGGUGGAGAGGCCGGCGGCCGCCCGCGCGUCGGCCAUACUCCAGAUGUGGCGGGAGCUGGAGCACGUGACGGCCGCCGCAAGGGGGCGUAGGAGCAGCGCGGCAGAGUCCGUGCAGGGCGACCGGAGCCGUGCCGAGGGCCGUCGAAUAGAUGGCAGUUCGGUGGCUGCGAGCGAGAGCGACUACAACGAUUACGACCAGUGGUCUCACGGGGAUGUCGAUUUAUCGCGACGGUCAGGUGAGGAGGAGGACAAUCAGAGGUCGAGCAGGGAGCAAUCUCCUGAGCUCGGGGAUAACGAGAGGGGAGUGAGGCAGAUUGUUCGUGGAUGGAUGACUGAGAGCGGAGUAUCGGACACCGAAUCAAGAAUCUCACCGAGGAAUGACACCCAGAGGGCAGAGUGGCUUGGGGAGAUUGAGAGGGAGAGAGUGAGGCUGGUGAGGCAGUGGGUACAGAUGGCCAGCCAACAGCAUAGAGACGCUCGGGUUAGCAGGAGGGAGAGCGAGAGGAUGAGGGAACGUGAUGGAUCAAUCAUGGAUCAUGACGAUGGCCAGCCCCAGCAUGUCCACAGAGAGUUACUGAGGUUACGAGGGCGGCAAGCUCACCUUGAGCUGAUCAUGAGGAUGGUGACGGAGAGGCAGAGGGAGCUUCAGAGAUUGUCACAACAGCAUGCAGUCUCGGAGUUCGCCCAUCAUAAUCGAAUUCAAUCACUACUCAGAGGUAGAUUCUUGAGAGACAGAAGACCAAGUGAGGAUGACGAAGAGAGGCCACUUUCAGCAGCGGCAAGAGAAAUUGUUCAGCUCAGACAACAUCGUCGCGUAUCUGGUCUAAGCGAGGGUUUUCGAUUCAGAUUGGAGAACAUUGUCCGUGGUCAAGCAAACAACCAUAAUGAUUUUUUGGCUAGUCAGAGCAUGGGUAAUGUUGGAACUGAUCAUUCUCAAGAAGGCAUUGCCCUGGAACUAUCUAAUGAUGAUGAGGAUCAGAACCAAUCUAGUAUUGAGACCAUCAGUGUUCACCAAGUGAUUGAGACACAUGCAACAACUGAAUUGGAGAGUGAAAUCACCAAUAAUACUAUCGACGUGGAGGAAUCUGUUACUCAGGUAGCUGGUUUACAGGAAGAAGCAGCCCAAGAGAGAGGAGAUCAGGAACCAAGUAACGAUGAUGCUUUCAGUGAUUGGCAUGCAGAAGCUGGAGAAGAAUUUGAUAGAAACUGGCAUGAAAAUAUAGUAGAAGACUGGCCACAGGAAACAUCAGAAAACAGAGAUGGAGAAGAUGCCCAUCUCCCUGGAUUGCACGAGGAAUGGCGUGAGGAUGAAUCACAUGAUACUGAAGAGACCUGGCAUAAUGAACAAUCUGAUGGCUUAAGAGAUUCAAGAUCAAGACCAGGUAGAAGACUUGAUGGAUUUAUUCUGCGUGAUGAUGGAAAUGUGUAUAGUAUGGAACUCAGGGAACUACUAAGCAGGAGAAGUGUUUCUAAUCUUCUUCAUAGUGGUUUUCGUGAAAGUCUAGACCGACUGGUACAGUCCUAUGUUGAACGGCAAGGCAGAACUCCCGACGGCUGGGAUCUGCAAAGACCUUUGCCUAUUCCAAAUCCACCAGAAGAAGAUCAAGAUGACGAAGGGGAUAAUCUUGAUGAGGAUAUUCAGGAUGCUGUAGUCAGACCUCAAAGUGCGUUUCCACCUCCACCAUUGCCACCUCAACAACCUAUAUGGCACUCGGGCCUACAUCACAACUGGGCCAGACAAAACAUGCAUCGACCAGAAACUCAGUGGGAUGCUAUCAAUGAUUUGAGGGCUGACAUGGCUAGACUACAAGAAGGGAUGAAUAACAUGCAGAGAAUGUUGGAGGCUUGCAUGGACAUGCAACUAGAGUUGCAGCGUUCAGUCAGACAGGAAGUUUCUGCUGCUUUGAAUCGUGCUGUUGGAAGACAAGGUGUGAAUGAGGAGUCAUCUGAUGAUGGAUCCAAAUGGAGUCAAGUGAGGAAGGGCACCUGCUGUAUCUGUUGUGAUAGUCACAUAGAUUCCCUUCUGUACAGAUGUGGGCACAUGUGCACUUGUUUGAAAUGUGCCAAUGAACUAGUUCGAAGUGGAGGCAAGUGUCCAUUGUGCCGUGCACCCAUCAUCGAGGCAGUCCGAGCCUAUUCAGUACUGUAAACCACAGGAAACUGAUCGUCAGACAAAAAAAAGAAAAGACUGAGUUGCUGACGACCCGAGUAUUUUGAAUGUCAACUGGCAGCAAUCUGACAAUUCCAUCCUUUUUUGUGCCUUGAGGUUUGUGGGAGAGUAGGGGAAGCUGUCAUCGAGCAGGCUAACAUGACCAGCAAUUCUUGUGAUUUAUCUAACCUUUCUUUUAUUCCUUUGAUAUAUCAUGAUCUGGAAAUAGUUGGGUCAACGACUUUGGAACCGGAAAUCCUCCAAUAAAAGCUGGGAGAGCAGAAUCAUCUCUGGGCCACAGCCCUGAUAAAGUUGCAGAAUGUGUAAUGCCCAUCUCUUCAUACGUACGGAAGACGGUCGUCCAUGGCCGACAUUCCCAGGUAUAAACUUCAUCUCGUCGUCGAUGGCCGACAUAUCCUACUACUAUGGACCAUGCGCUGGUGUGCAAUACCCUCCCAUUAGUAUAUUGUGGUUGGCGUCGGCUAAUAAAUUGCCGAUGGAACACUUCACAGGUUCUCACAAAUAUCCUGUGAGAAGAGGACUGCAGGUGGCCCACCGCGACGAUUGUGGUGGCGAGGAAGGUUUCUUCGCCUGAACUGAACUUGAUGAUGAUGAAACUGAUGAAUGAUAACGAUUACAAACAUGAUGAUGUUUAU